AUUGAUCAGGUGAUCCUAACCAUCGAAUCAGUGAUCUUCAAAGUAAUGAACGUCAAGGAUUAUCCUAUAAGUCUAAUUUUUGAAAAAACAUACCAUCAUGAUAGGACCCUCUAGAUAGAUGGUCCUGAUUGAUAAAUCACCCACCUCAUUACCAGAUUCCAAGCUCAACCCCUUUUAGAAGCUUCUAAACUUCUAGAAAUUCCAAACCCUCACCUUCUUUAACCCUCGGACAUCCCACUCGAGCUCAAAACACAAUAAAAAGACAUUCCAACACCCCAAAGAGCCUUUAAUUGCCUCAAAGCCUCUCCUCAACAACAUGGGCACUUUGGUGGGCCAUGUACUUCCUGGCCUUGGUUUCCUCCUCAUUGGCCUAUGGCACCUGAUCAACCAUAUCAAGGCCCACUCCAUCAACCCCAACUCCUACAAAUCCCACCCUUGGUUCCCAACUCCAAUUCUAAGGCACCUAGAACUUCACUUGAUCAUGAUAGGUUGCACCAUCUCCAUAGCCAUGGAGCUCUUCUUCGGCCCCCAUCGCCACCAACCGCUCAAUCCUGACUGGACCAUCCCAUCCACCCACCUCCACAACUUCGAUCAUGCGUUGAUCGCCUUCUCCUUCUUCAUCUACGCCACCUUCGCGAUCGUCCUAGACCGUCUAAAGCCCAUGGCCCACCAUGAUCUCACCCAAUUACUUGUGGCCGCCGCAUUUGGCCAAGAACUACUAUUGUUCCAUCUCCACUCGGUGGACCAAUCCGGCAUCGAGACCCAAUAUCACUCCCUACUUCAGAUCAUAAUCUUCAUCACCCUACUGACUUUGGUAAUUGGGAUCCUGCUCCCUAAUAGCUUCUUAAUCAGCUUCGUCGGAUCGCUUAGUAUAUUCUUCCAAGGCGUGUGGCUUAUGAUAACGGGGUUCAUGUUGUGGACCCCACAACUGUUACCCAAGGGUUGUUGGUUGAUUUCAGAGGUGGGCCACAUGGUUGCACGGUGCACGGGUGAUGGAGCGCUUAGUAGAGCGAUACGGCUCGUUAAUCUUCUAUUUAGUUGGUGUUUGGCUAGUGCAAUUGUUUUUUCAGUGAUUUUGUAUUUGGUUCUAAUCAAAUGGUAUGGAGAUAUGGUAGAAUACAAUCAAUUGGACGGUGGAGAUGGUGACGGCGACGACGAGGAGUCUCAAAACCAGAAGAAGAAGAAUAAGAAGAAGAAGCAACAACUAGGUUUUGUUCACAUGGAGAAGGUGGCAUGGGCCCCAGUGGACAUUGAAAGGUGAGUGGAAGGCUUAUAAGCUAUGUUUGUGGCCCACCUUGCUUUGGGGGGACUCUACUUUGAUUAAAGGCUACAAAUUGUUAUUUUCUUUCUUUCUCUCUUUCCUUUCUUCUUUAAGAAAUUAUGGUUAUUGUUAGACUACUGUAAGCAUUUUGCAUUAUUUAAUAAAUGGAUGUAUAUCAAUCUAGACUGCCUAAAUAGGUGGA